CAUGGGGCGGAGGAGGAAGACGCUGCACGACUACGCUGCCGAGUUCUCGGAGCUGUCGGUGCGGCGGGAGCCGGCGGGGCCGGGCCCGGCGGGCGCCGUGGAGACGCUGUUGUGCACGCCGUGCCAGCUGCCCCUGAGGGUGCGCCGCGACCGCAUCCUGGAGCACCUCAGCUCGGGCCGCCACUGCCGCAACCGCCGCCUGCUCCGGCAGCUCGGGCUGCGCGCCCCGGGGCUCCGCUCUGCAGGUCCCGACUCCAGCCUGAGCCUGAGCUUGCCCCUGCCACUCGACGUGCCCUCUGUGCUCUCCCAUCCCUCCUUCCUCGUCCCCACUGGUUCCAGCGCCGGCUACAGCAUGGUCCCCUCCCCUCCCUCCUACCACAAGCUGCUGGUUCCCCACCACCCCAUCCCUGCCACACACAGGGACAACCCAACACCCUCCACCUCUGCCAGCCACCCCUCACCGCUGGCCACCUUCCACACCAGGAUUGCACCUCUUGGCCAAAGUGGGUCUGCACGUGAUGCCUCCAACAGCCCGACACCCCCCUCAUGCCAUGGUGGCAGCGGCCUCGUGCUCUUCGGCGCAGGGCUCGUGAGCACAGCCUUGUUGCAAAGCCUGCUGGAGGAAACUGGCUGCUGCCUGCUGUAUGUGGUGGAGGAUCAGCUGGAGGAGGUGGAACGUGCCUUUGGUGCCAAGGUCCCGGCUGGCACCAGGGUGCUGCGGCAGCAGGAUGCCACCAUCGCACUCAGCGAUCCGCGAGUUUCUGGAGCCAUUAUUUGUUCCCCACUUGACAAAGCCCCUGAGAUGGUAAGAGAUGCCUUACGAGCAGGUAAAGGUGUGUUCUGCGAGGGGCUGCCCAGCUUGGACAGACAGACAGCAGAAACCUGUUUCGAUGAGGCUGACAGAUGUGGGAGGCCACUUGUGUGUGGGUUCUACAAGCGCUUUGACCCAGCCCUGCAGUUCCUGUACAAGAAGGUGCGGGACAGCCGGGCCCUGGGCAGGAUCCACCGGAUAUCAACCAUCAGCAGCCUCUAUCCUGCAGCCUCUCUGGGCCUGCUGAAAGCCUCAGGUGGAAUAUUUUACAAUGCUGCUGUGCAUGACAUAGAUAUUAUCAGUUUGCUGUUGGGAGAGAGUGUGCCAGAUACAAUAUUUUCCCUGGGCCAUGCCUUCUGUGCAGACAUGGGCUGCCUGAGGGAUGUGGACACGGUCACCAUCAGCAUGAAGUUCCCCAGUGGAGCCAUUGUCACCCUGGACAUCAGCCAGCACUGCACCAGGAGCUGUGACCAGCGGCUGGAGGUUCACGGGUCUCAAGGGACGUUAAGGGUGGACAACCAGAACCCCCUGGGCAUCACAGAGCAUGGGACUUCUGUGUCCAUCUGUCCCCAGACCCAAGCUGAGCGCUACAGAGAUGCAUACAGGGAGCUCUUCCGGCACUUCCUGAGGACCCUGAAAGGCCAGGAGCCCCCCGUGGUCACCAAGGAGCAGCUCCUCUGGACCAUCCAGGUCGCUGCAGCAGCCGAGCAGUCCUGGAGGAACAGAUCUGCUGUGGACUUGCACAGCGGUGCCACGGAUCCGCCCGGGGUCAAGGCUGAGCUCGUGUGACAGCCACUCCCACCCAGUGGCCUCAACAGAAGCCUGGAUGGUGGUUUGGUGUUCCCAGCAGACAGAGGCACUUCUGAACCAGGAGCACUUGGUGCUGGGGCAGGGCAGGGUUCCUACCAUGUCAGACAGAGCCUGCAAGAAAUUCCGUGUGGUUUCAUCCUGGUGGCUUUUCCUCCUGGAGGGUGCUGCUGGCCACAGAGCUCUGUUUGCCUGGGAGAAGAGGGAUGCUCCUCGGGCCAGGCAGGGUGGUGUAGGUUCACCAGUAGCUGGGAUGAGGGAGAAGUCUCCCCUUGGAGAGGGAACAGCCACUGUUGUCCUCUGCCUGGAGGAGAAGUCACAAGCAGCAGGCGCCUUCCCAGCAGUGCCACAAGGAAGGUGAUGUAAUGCUCAAAAAACCACAGGAGCAUCUGUGAGUAUGUUUAGAUUGGAUAUAUGAAAGAGAUUCUUCCCUUUGAGGGUGGUGAGGGGCUGGAAUGGAUUUCCCAGAGAAGCUGUGGCUGUCCCAUCCCUGGAAGUGUUCAAGGCCAGGUUGGACAGGGCUUGGAGCAACCUGGGGUAGUGGAAGGUGUCCUUGCCAUGGCAGGGGUGGGAUGGGAUGAGCUUUAAGGUUCUUUCCAAACAAACCAGUCUGGGUUCCAUGAUCCUGGUUGGGACACAGGCCCCAGCAGAAGGCAGAGCCACGGGCCAGGCAGUGUCUGCCAGGAGCUUUGCACCUUUGUCAUGUGUGGAGCUCUCUGCAGCUGUGCGGCUCUGACUGUUCCUGUCUGGCUGUCACAUGCCAGUUUUCAAGAUCUUUUGAAACCUUUUUUUUUUGUAUUUUUAUUGAAUUACAACAACAUUCUUGACUUCUUCCAUUCCAAGGCAUUAGUUUAUAAACUUUUUGCAAGAACCUUUAGUUCAAUCCAUUUCCAAUUCCUACCUGUGGAAUAUAUACUCCUAAAACUAGAAAUAAUGGUGAAAUUUGUGUUCUUUUUGGGAAAUCGUUUUUAACAGUGUCAUUUUUCAAGCUCAGAAAAACUGUGUCUUAAUGCUUGUUCUCCAUUCCAUUCACUAUUUUUUAGCCAUUUAUUAAGAAAAAAAAAAAAGUUUUAUGUGUUCAGAAGCUGGUUUUUGCCUCUCUGUACUUGCUGUAGCAGAUUAGUACACAAUGGUAGUUUUCUUUUUUGUUUCAGUAGCUUUAGGCCCUUUGAGGUCCUACAGUUGAAGGUUUACUCUGGGUUAAGAGGGCACUUUCUGUCCAAUUUUAAUUUCCAGAUGCAGGAAUUCCCACAUGUGCUUUUAUUGUGUUACAAAAACAAAAACAAAACAAAAACAAACCAACAAAAAAACAACCCAAAACAAAAGAGUAACCACAGCUAUAAAAAUAACACAUUUUCCAAAGAUGACAUUACAAAAAAUACAAUUCCUAUCACAGAGUGAUCCAUUAAUACUGCUGGAAACAGCCCCAGGAACUCUGGAAAUGUGAGUGGUUGUUGCAAAAGCUUUAAAGCAUUAAAGUGCUUUCCUGAGCCAUUUCCUGGGGACACAGAUCACUGUCAGCCACGCCAGGGGAGUUCCCAAUCCCAAAGAUU